AUGUGCUACUAUGGUGGAUACUAUGGAGGCCUGGGCUAUGGCUAUGGUGGCCUAGGCUGUGGCUAUGGCUGUGGCUAUGGUAGCUAUGGUUAUGGCUGCUGUCGCCCACUGUGUUGUGGAAGAUAUUGGUCUUAUGGCUUCUACUGA